GUAGUUUGCCUGGAGUCGAUUUCGCAGCAAAAUGUAAAGACGAUUAGUGGGGUGGCUUCCACUGUACUUGCGGGAAUAGCGGAAUUGGUAGGAGUAAGAAGGAGAGUGGCUUCUAUCAUGUCACGAUACAUCUUGGUCGAUUGCCUUUUGUAUCUGGGAGGGGCCGCGGUCCGUACACCUCACUUCGAGUGA